AUGACCCAAGAAAUUAAUCAAACCCUCCGGGCAGAUAUGGAGGGAGUACACGAGCCUGCAGUCAAGUACAGAGGUGUACGCAAGCGAAAAUGGGGUAAGUGGGUGUCCGAAAUCCGGGAACCGGGAAAGAAAACCCGGAUAUGGCUAGGAAGCUACGAGGCCCCCGAAAUGGCCGCUGCCGCCUACGAUGCGGCGGCAUUGCACCUCAGAGGACCAGGGAUCCUGCUUAACUUUCCUGAAAUGGUUGAUAGUCUUCCGAGGCCAGCCAGUUCGAGUCCCUCGGACGUGCAGUUGGCGGCUCAAGAGGCGGCAAUGAGGUUUAGGAGACUGCCAAUGGGGUCGGUUUCGACGGAGGUGGCUGGUGGCUCGAGUGGUGGCGCGGCGCCGGUGACGGUGGGACUGUCGCCGACUCAAAUUCAGGCGAUUAAUGAGUCGCCAUUAGACUCGCCUAAGAUGUGGAUGCAGUACAUGUACAUGUCUCAUCGUGAUGAGGCUUUGUUUUUUGGGGAGGACAUGCCAUCGUCUAUGGGUUUCUAUGAUGAUCAUGAUGAUGGUUUGCAGCAUCAGUCCAUUUGGGACUCCUAGUUUAGUACUUUUCACAUAUAAAUGAUAAUGUAGUAACUAGCCAAUUAACU